AGCCGUGUUGACGGGGAGUUUGAGGCCCCUUCCUCCCUAUUCGGGGCUUGGGGUUAGAAACCCCCGGACUGGGUGGAGACCUGCGGCGGGGCGGGGCGGGGCUUUCACACUGCUUCCUGGGCCACAUUGGCUGGUUCCCGACAACACAGCACUGGAAGGCCUCGCCUCCUUUCCACAGCUCUGCCAGCGCUGCCCUUUCCCGGGUCUCGGAGUUCCGUGGCUUGUGCUGAGUGCUGGGGUGUCCAGCCCAGCCCUUUAAGCUUUCUGGUCACUCCUGAUCAGGCAAACAAGCACACAGGCAGGCAGUUUGUGUACAGCCGCGCGGAGGCCAGUGACCCGCCGCCUACCUGUCACCACUUCCCCGGAGCGCGCGGCUGCCAAGUUGUCCCCAUGACUCCAAACACGGGGGCGGAGCCUGGAUCGGGCCUGUGGGAGGGCUCCACUCAAGUGACCACAGGCAGCCCUGAGCUCAGCUCCUGGCGCCUGGCUGGAAGGUGGCUGUCUGCUUCCUGUGACCUUGGGAGUGGAAGGACGGGCCCAGGGGCCUAGGGCACGAUCUCCCUUCCCCACGACUGCUUCCCUCGCUCCUCCCCACCCUUCUUGCUUCUACCCCGCCCCCACCGCCCUAAAAGGCUUCCUGGGCCGGAACUGUUUGGUUUUCCCUCUUCCAGUCGGUGGGGGGUCGGGCCCCAGGGCUUUGGGGGACAUGGAGCCCAGGAGGGCGGCGCCUGAGGCGCCCAGCUGGGGCCCUCCAGGGGCCGCGGGGCCAGGGACGGUGGCGGAGCUUGUGUACCACCUAGCCGGGGCCCUGGGCACUGAGCUGCAGGAGCUGGCGCGCCGUUUCGGGCCGGAGGCGGCGGCCGGGCUGGUGCCGCUAGUGGUGCGCGCGCUGGAGCUCCUGGAACAGGCUGCCGUGGGGCCCGCCCCGGACUCGCUGCAGGUGUCGGCGCUGCUGGCCCAGCGGGAGCUGCGGCGACUGCGGGAGGAGAACGAGCGCCUCCGCUGGGAGCUAAGCGCCGGGCCGCAGGAGGAGCGCGAGCUGCUGCGGCAGCUCAAGGAGGUGACGGACCGACAGCGGGACGAACUGCGGGCUCACAGCCGCGACCUGCGGCAGCGCGGCCAGGAGACCGAGGCGUUGCAGGAGCAGUUGCAGCGCCUCCUGCUGGUGAACGCCGAGCUGCGGCAGAAGCUGGCGGCUGUGCAGACCCAGCUGCGUGCCGCGCAGGACCGCGAGACGGAGCGCCAGCAGCCUGGAGGAGGCGCGGCCCCGCCGGCUGAAGAGCGAGCGCGGGGCCAGGCCGGCGGGCCGGGGCACCAGCAGGGGCAGGAGCCCGAACCGGCGACCCCUGAGGACCCGGCAGAGGCCGCGCAGCCGCCAGGGCGCCCCCGGGAGGCAGGGCAGUGCCGCUUCAGCCGGGAGGAGUUUGAGCAGAUCCUUCAGGAGCGCAAUGAACUCAAAGCCACAGCGUUCCUGCUCAAGGAGGAGCUGGCCUACUUCCAGCGGGAGCUGCUCACCGACCACCGGGUCCCCGGCCUUCUGCUGGAAGCUAUGAAGGUGGCUGUCAGGAAGCAGCGGAAGAAGAUCAAGGCCAAGAUGUUAGGGACGCCAGAUGAAGCAGAGAGCAGUGACGAUGAGGAUGGCUCCUGGCUCCUGCUCGCUGAUGAUAAGAAUGACCAUCCCCCACCCCCAGAGUCCAAAAUACAGAGUUUCCCAUGUCCUGGACCUCUCCGGCUUCCUGGCGCAGAGUGCCUCUGGCUGUCUCUCCAGCUUUGGCCUGUGGUAUCGCGGGAAAGCCGAAUCCCCAGAGGAUGAGACCCACAGCCCUGCUCCCGGCAAGCCAGGGGGAGAAGAGGAGACCCAACCACAGUCUCCAGCUCCUGAGCUGCCCUAUCCUGCCCGCCAGGAGCAUCUCUGUCUGGGGGCCUCAGCCGCCCCAGAGGCCUGACUUGGGGACCUGGCUGUGGCUGGAUGUGCGACCUCAUGAGGACAGGGCUCCCUCCUUCGUGGCCUCCCAGGCGUCUUCCCCAGUUCUGGCCUGCACCAGGGCAGCAUGGGGGCUCAGCCCACCUCCCUCUCUAUGACUCUGUACCAGACCUCUGGGGCCAGAUAUCAGAGCGCCUCUCUGAGUCUCAGUUUCCCCAUCCAUGAAAUGAGAGCUGGCUCCCAGGGCUUUGUGCGGACGGCCUGAGCUCGUGUAAUAAAGAACUGCCCGGAACUCCCA